AUGUUGACCUCCAGCCAGUCUGAACAUGGAUCCCAUUCUCCAGUCCGACACUCACAUGAAACCAGCAGGUCUGGUCAUGAUACGCAGGAUCAUCAUGGUUUCAACAGGCAAGCGCAUUCAGACUUCCGGAACCAGUCAAAUUCUCGCCCAUCUCCCUAUCCAGGCCGCACGGGAGAUUCCCCGCCAGCUCGUAGUAGCCGAACUCCAGGAUUUCUUGGGCAUAAUAGAUCCCGAGAGAGCACCAAUGCGGGUCACCAGGCUGGAACAGCCGCAGCUAGAGGCAUUGGUGCAAAUUGUAAUGCAGCGACUGGGUCUUGUGGAGUCAACCAACCAUGGCCGCCGACUGUGGUCCCAUUCAACCCCUUCAAUGGGGAGUUCAAUGAUGAAUUCGUCAGGAACUUGGGCCAGACAUUUGAUCAUAAUGCGCCGUACACUGCCUUUGUGGAGGAGCUUGUCAUGGUCCCUCAACCACGCCAGUAUGCUAUUUUGUUAUACUCAGUUUUAUCAGUGAGGCAGUCAAUUGAGUCCCUGAUACGGACACGCGACGAAGCUCGGGAGGCAAUUCCUGCACUGGUUGCCAUCCCUUUGUCACUUCAAGCAAGGAUGCAUACAUUCCAACGGUUCUUCCGAACGUUUGUCCAAUCACGGGCAAAGGAGAUCUUACUGGACCCGACACUGGAGAUCUACUCAUGUGAGCCGGUUAGGGGUGCUCCUCCUGCGGGCAGGAGCUUGCUAGAACAGGUUUUGGAUCAUGUUAGGACCCAGUCCGAGGACUUCAAGCGAGAUUACCUACCACCUGGAUACAUUGACCAGGAGCCCGCCGCCGAGGCAAGUGUGAAUUCGGAGCUGCGUGAUCGGAUCAAGCAUGAACAAGGCGCCAUGCAUAACAUGCUCCCCACAAUGGUCCAUGAUCCUCAAGGACGCCCAAUUACACACCCAGUCCCCACGCUCACUAAUCUGAUUAUAGACGUAAGUUGCGGCUACAUAUUUGAGGGCUUGCAAGCUGUAUAUGCUGGUCUGCCUGCAGAUAUGAGCAGGGAACAAUACAAUUGGCGGGUCCGUACCCGUGUUGCUUACCUACGGAUUCAGACUAUAUAUCACUAUGCUCGGCCGGCUCCAGGCAACGUCAAUCGGCAAUGGGCAUUGGUGGAUGAACAACUUCAAGCCCUGCGUGCAAAGGAUGGGCCAUAUAGGCGAGCGUUCUUCCGACUGAUCAUGGAGCUUGAUCAAGCAACCUUUGGCGACAAGUUUUUCACUGAAAUGGACGUUGACAGCAUCAGGCCACCUACAGAAGAAGAAGUGCUGGCUAAAAUGGAGCUGAUGGCUGCUGAGCGAGCCGCGGGUGGAGCUGGCAAUGAUGGCGCCGCGGCUAUAUGA